AUGGUCUCCCCUACAAAGUAUAUACUGGUCAUGACGGAGUUUUAACUGAGAAGAGGAAACAAAGGAGGAUACGAACAACAUUUACUUCUGCCCAGCUCAAGGAACUAGAAAGGGCUUUCCAGGAGACUCAUUAUCCUGACAUUUAUACUAGAGAGGAAAUUGCAAUGAAGAUAGAUCUCACAGAGGCCAGAGUACAGGUAUGGUUUCAAAAUAGGAGAGCAAAAUUUCGCAAGCAAGAGCGAUUAGCUCAGCAAAAAGCAUCCAACAUCAAUGGUGAAAGUCCAAAUUCAAGUACUAACAUCAAGGCGGAAACAAAUGGAAAUUCAAAACAUUCUUUGGGUAGUACUAAAGAUAUUAAACCCGGUUCUCCCCAUUCUAGUGUAUCAACUACACCAAAUUCUAAUACCAGUAGUUUGUCUAGUCAACAUUCCAACGGAGAUAUUAAGCCAUUGAGUACAGGCAAGCAAUCGGAGGAAACUGUUACAAAUAACAACAAAUGGACAAUGAGUACACAGACUUGCAACACUGCAAUUCUGGUACAACAAGCGAACAAAGUUUUAUCUUCUCAAUCUAGUCAUCUUCAAGCACAUCACGGCUCUCAUGCAGCAGCUGCUGCAGCGGCAGCUUUAUCGUCACCAUUUACGUCCCUGCUGGGGGCUACAGGAGGUGCGGCUUCCUACCUUCUUGGAGAUCAUUUAAAACCUGCCACUGCUAAUCAUUUAUUUUAA